CUAGAGAGAGAUAGAGAGAGAGGGGAGAGGGAGGCACGCCGCACGCACUUGGUCGGUCGCCACCACCACGCCGCCCAUCGCCGCCGCCCGUCGGAGAAGGCGCCCGGAGACCCAUGGCGGGCCGCAACGGCUUCGAGGACGACGACGUCAACCCCUUCGCCGGAGGGAGUGUCCCCCCUGCCUCCAAUUCCCGACUCUCACCUCUCUCCCACGAGCCUGCGGGUUUUUAUAAUGUGGACAUUCCUAUGGAUUCAACUAAGGAUGUGAAGAAAAAGGAAAAAGAGCUCCAAGCGAUGGAAGCCGAGCUAAACAAAAGAGAAAAGGAACUGAAAAGGAAGGAAGAGGCUGCGUCGCGAGCUGGCAUUGUCAUAGAAGACAAAAACUGGCCACCCUUUUUCCCUCUCAUUCAUCACAAUAUUUCAAAUGAGAUACCCAUCCAUCUACAAAAAAUGCAGUACCUUGCAUUUUCAUCAUUUUUGGGAAUUGCUCUCUGCCUCUUCUUUAAUAUCAUAGCGACCACAACUGCAUGGAUUAAGGGAGAAGGUGUCAUGGUUUGGUUGCUUGCCAUUAUCUACUUCAUUUCUGGUGUCCCUGGGGCUUAUGUGUUAUGGUAUCGCCCUCUUUAUAAUGCGAUGAGAACUGAGAGUGCUUUGAAGUUUGGGUGGUUUUUCCUAUUUUACAUGAUUCACAUAAUCUUCUGUGUGUGGUCAGCUGUGUCUCCCCCAUUCCCUUUCAAAGGAAAUUCUUUGACUGGGAUUUUGCCUGCCAUUGAUGUCAUAACCAAGAGCCUUAUUGUUGGGAUAUUUUACUUUGUUGGAUUUGGAUUGUUCUGCCUUGAAUCACUGCUGAGCAUAGGUGUCAUUCAGCAAGUGUACAUGUACUUCCGUGGAAGUGGAAAAUCCCAGGAGUUGAAACAACAGGCAGCACGUGGUGCCCUGAGCUCUGCGUUCUGAUGAAGAAAACCAGCAGCCAGAGAGUUGUAGCCAGGGUAGUGAGUGGAAGGAGACAGGAUGUGUGCCGAUUGGGCAGGGUAGUGCGGAUUUGGAUCGCUGAAAUCAUACAGCUAUAUCUUUUUGCUCUUCUGUUAAUACAAAUAUAAAGGAGCCUUCUCGUGUGGAUACUUUAAGGUGGUGUUGUUUCCAUUCGUUGACAUGGUUUCAGAUGUGGUUGAUAGCGAGGACCGACUAAUAUUGUUGGUGGAAUAUAUUUGCAUAUGUUUGUGUGGGAGUAAAAUUACUUGUUCA